AUGUCGGACUCUGUGGAUCGAGUUUUCGUGCACGCCCUGAAUACCGUCAAACGCAUUCCGCGCACCGGUACCGCUCGACCCCCUGCUUCGGAGCGACUGAAGCUCUAUGGAUUGUAUAAACAGAGCAUGGAGGGCGACGUUGAGGGGGUGAUGGACCGACCGAUCGGAAACACUGCCGAUGUAUACGCCGAGUGCGAGAAAUGGGACGCAUGGUUCGCCCAACGAGGUCUCUCCCGAACCGAGGCUAAACGACGCUACAUCUCCACGUUAAUCGACACCAUGCACCGAUACGCAUCACAGACCCCCGAGGCGCGCGAACUUGUCUCCGAGCUCGAGUUCGUCUGGGACCAGAUCAAAUCCAACACGUCCUCAAUUUCCUCUACGUCGUCGCCCGUCAAUGCGGUGGGCGUGCCGCCCUUGAUGCAGCCUAGUUACGCCAGUAUAGGAGGGCGAUUGGCACGGUCCGAGUACGAGAACCUAAUUACUGCGACGGCUCGCGGGGACUCGAGACUCCGCGUUAUGAGUCCGGUCAGCCAGCCGGAUGAUGUAUAUCGGCGACGAGGGUCCAACCUGGGCCCCGGGUCGGGGACGCAUUCGCAGACGCGGGAGGUGGACGAUGACCUGGACGACGACGAGGACGAGGAGUAUGCGGAGGCGCAGGAUAAUAUCUACGCCGACGACCAUGAUGAUGACAAUGACGACGACCAUGACCAUGACCACGAUCAUGACCCCGACGGGAAUCAAUCAUACGAUCACCGCGCCAUCUCCGACCAAACCAGUGAGCCCGACCAACGGCACCCGCAACGACGACCACGCGGCCCGCCGGACAAUGACCGCCGAUGGCGCCGUCGAGUCGAGCAGGCCUUGACUAGUAUGACGGCUGAGAUUGCCGCUGUGCGCGAACAGAUGGAGACGCGGGCGCUGGCACAUCGCCGGCGCACCGGCGUCUGGGCGUGGCUCAAGUGGCUGGUCUGGGUGUCUCUCCGCCAAAUCAUCUGGGAUCUGGCCAUCCUGGGGAUGGCCCUGAUCUGGAUGCGACUGCGCGGCGAUCGACGAUUAGAACAGAAGCUUCGGGUCGGUUGGACCGAAGUGAAGAGUCGAUUGGCCAAGUUUAAAUUCUUCCGACGAGUACCGGUGCAUACAUUGGUUUAG